AUGACGAAACCGUUGCCCAUGUGUAUAAGGUUAGAUGGCUUCUGGCAACAAGUGCUUUAUGAAAAUAUCCCUCAAAUCUAUUUCCAGUACGGCAGAAUUGGUCACCUAGAAGAUUAUUGUCCAACCUCAAAGACAAAUCAAAUGCUGGCCAUCACCAACGGCGCUUGCUCCAAUCAACUACAAAUCUCGUAA